AUGUACAGCGCGAUAUUCUUUGGGGGACAGCUGGCCGACGUUGGAAUAGAGGAGCUGCAACAUAUUCGGAAAUAUGUCACAUCAAGAUCGGAUCUGCAAGUCCUGCACGAUGCAAUGAUCGGGUUUGGAGACUAUGGUGAGCGGUUGGAGCUUGCGGAUCCAGAACUGAAGAAAGUUGAAGCACAGAAAACUUCAUCCUUCUUCUCAAAUUGGAUGAAAUGGGAUGACGAUGAAGGCAUCUCUGAUGCAGUAAAUCGUCACUCCAACGCUAUUGCGAGUGCUCUCACAGUUCUUCACCAGGUGCUCCUUGUUAAAAAACACCCGGAAAGCCAUCCAUGCCUGCAGGGCCAAGACUUCAUUGAGUCGGACACAGUUUUGGAGGGACUCUGCAUAGGAAAAUUGGCUGCGACAGUAAUACGACUUUCCUGGGGCGAUGAGCAAAUGGCCACGUUGCUGGCAGUCGCUUUGAGACUCGCAUUCUGCAUCGGCGCAUAUGUGGACCUCGACCGCCACCGCUUGGGUUCGCAAGCCGAAACAGUAUGUGUGGUGGUUAGGCGUCACGACGCUCUUGUACUUGAACAUCUUCAUGCUAUACUGCUGAGAUAUGACGAUGCCUACUUGUCCGUCAAGCAAAGAUCUAAGUGGACAAUCACCGUGGGAAAGGCUCAUAAGGAGGAUUUGACCCAAUCUCUCACCAAUGCUGGGUUCAUAGUCGCUCCUUUUGAUCUCUUUGGACGAUUUCACUGCAAGCAAAUGUCAUGGGUGGUCGACAAGAUCCUUGCCCUUGCAAGCGGUGAUCCAAGUCUUCGGUUGGUAUCCAGUCACGCUUUAAAGCCCAUCUUGGCGUCCAUCUUGUCGCUUCCAGAGGACUGGUCAACCGAUGUCUCCCGCAUACCCCAUGCGGAAGGAAGUGAUGCACCCAUUGCAUUGUUUGUAGGUUCAAGUAUCCCACCAAAUCCAAUGGAUAGGGCAGGCUUCCGAGUGAUCGUGGCCAACACGAUGUCCAAAGGAAGCCGAGACCAAAUUUCACCACAGGAAAAGCCGUUUCCUAGUAUUCCCUCUUUGUCCGAAGAGUAUCGGCAUCUACCUGACUCCGCUGUUGCGGUUACGGGAAUGGCAUGUAAUUUCUCUGGAGCAAGCUCUCUGGAUGAGUUUUGGGAUAUCCUAGAAUCAGCAAAAAUCAUGUGCCAAGAUCUCCCGAACGAUCGGUUCCCGGACGCGGCAUUUGAACGAAGAUCUUUCCCGAAGAGCUUCAAAGCGAAUUUCCUGGAGGAUAUUGACACUUUUGACCACAAAUUCUUUCACAUCUCGAGCCGUGAGGCAGCUUUCAUGGAUCCACAGCAGAGACUUGCGCUGCAGGUUACCUAUCAGGCUUUGGAAUCGUCGGGCUACUUUAACAGCGGUACUGUGCAGACAAACCGUAAUGUCGGAGUGUAUUUAGGUGCAUGCACGAACGAGUAUUAUGACAACGUAUGUACUCACACCCCCUCCGCGUACUCCUUGACUGGAUCAAUUCGGCCAUUCAUUGCGGGUAAGCUGAGCCAUUACUUUGGUUGGACAGGUCCGGCCAUCAUGUAUGAUACGGCGUGUGCGGCCUCAGGAGCGGCCAUUCAUCAAGCCUGCCAAGCUAUUUCGACAGGAGAAGUCAGUGAAGCGGUAGCCGGAGGGGUCAAUAUCUUUGUCAGCCCAGAAACAUUCCAGAAUCUGGCUGCUGGGCACUUUAUCAGCCGCACAGGUUUAUCGAAGACCUUUGAUAGUUCGGCAGAUGGUUACUGCCGAGGGGAGGGCGUAGCGAUGGUUACACUCAAGAAACUCUCGGCAGCUCUUAGAGACGGUGAUCGAAUUCGUGGGGUGAUUGCUGCGACAGCAGUCGGCCAAAAUGCGAAUGAGACGGCCAUUACAGUUCCUCACGGUCCCUCACAAAUGAGUCUCUACCGCAAAACCUUGCGAGCCGCACGUUUAGAUCCUCGGGAGAUCUCUUACGUUGAAGCACACGGGACAGGUACCCCCGUAGGAGAUCCCAUCGAAGUCGAGAGCAUUAGGGGAGUGUUCGGAAGUCAGCGCCAUGAAGAACACGAAAACACAUACCUCGGGGCAUUGAAAAGCAAUAUCGGGCACACAGAAGCAACAUCCGGUGUCUCCGGGCUGAUCAAGGUCCUUUUGAUGAUGGAAAAGAAGAUAAUUCCGCGGCAGGCAUUCCUGAAUGAGCUCAAUCCAGCCAUACGACCGUUUGGUUCAGAUGGCAUCCAGAUCCCGCUGCAGAAUAUUCCUUGGACGACAUCAUACAAAGCAGCAUGUGUCAACAACUAUGGGGCUUCGGGAAGUAAUGCUGUGAUGAUUGUCACCCAGCCCCCGACUAGAGGCGUGAUUCCCGAAGACAAGCCAGUUUCGAGCAUCAAAGCGAAGUAUCCUAUUUUCGUCGCCGCAUCCAGUACCUCCAGUCUCGUAGCAUAUCUUUCUACGCUGUUGAGAUUUAUCAACUCUACCAAAUCCGUCGACCACUCAGCUGAGAACAUUGCGUAUCACUUGUCACGACGCCGAAACCCUAAACUUCCGUUCUCUCUAUGUACAACGAUCUCGUCUCUCGGCGAACUCAGAAGACUGUGCGAAUCAGCAGAUACUCUUCAGAUAAAGGAAUCUCCAGAAAAGGCGACCCCUGUCGUUCUACUUUUCGGUGGGCAGACAGGAAAGAGGGUACAAGCUUCUCAAGCAUUGUACGAUUCGUGCACCGUAUUCAAAGAAAAUCUCCAUGCAUGCGAAAUCGCCAUACGCAGCUUGGGAAUGACAAGCAUCUUUCCAGAUAUCUUUGGAAAAAGUCAGGACAAAGACAUCAUUGAGCUCCACACAAAUCUCUUUUGCGUACAGUACUCUCACGCAAUGUCUUGGUUAGCUUGUGGGCUGAAGCCCGCCCGGCUGAUCGGGCAUAGCUUUGGUCAACUCACAGCUUUGUGUGUCGCAGGUGUGCUUUCUUUACGGGAUGGCUUACGAUUCGUCAGUACUCGUGCUCGCUACAUACGAGAUUAUUGGGGAAAUGAUACCGGAUCGAUGAUCUCGAUUGAGGCAAAUAUGCCUACGAUCUCGCACAUUCUAUCACAACAUGCUGAUCUACGUCUUGAAGUAGCUUGUCACAACGGCCCCCAGAGCGUGGUAGUAGCGGGAUCUACUUCCUCCGUGAACCUCCUCGAAAAUUUCCUGCAGUCUGGAACACAAAAGUAUAAACGACUCGAGGUAUCAAACGCAUUUCAUUCGGUACUAUGCGAUCCAUUGCUCGAACCGCUGCAGGAAACAGCGGAACAACUAGACUUUCACGAUGCGGAAUUGGUGCUCGAACCCUGCUCAAAAGAAUCUAAUUGGAGAACGGUAACGCCGAAACUUCUUGUUUCACACACUCGCGAGCCUGUAUACUUCACUCAGGCUGUUGACAGAAUUGAUGAGCAGCUCGGGCCGUGUGUGUGGCUCGAAGUCGGCUCAGAAUCUGCACUUCCCAUUCUCAGGCGCGCCCUCGGAAAGCGAGCAUCUUUGCACCAUCUAGAGUCGUUGGGUCCUGAUGCGGAUAGUCAUUUGACUGAUUUAGGAGAGCUCACUUCUCAUCUUUGGGGGUUAGGAAUCCAUACCCAAUAUUGGCCCUUCCAUCAUGAUCAGCAGGAGCAUUAUAACACGCUUAAUCUUCCUCCAUAUCAGUUUGACAAGUUCCGACACUGGAUGAAUCGGAUCGAAAUGCCAACAGUCAAGGAACCUGGAGAAAAAGAUCAAAUCCCAGCCGGACCAUUGAAGCUAAUUAAGCAGACGGAACACAGUAGCGAGUUCCAGAUAGACACUGAUCACUCCGAGUGGCACACAGCCUGUUCCAAUUACAAGAUUCAUGAACUACCAAGCUGUCCAUUAUCAUUCAUUCUGGCUCUGGUACUCAAGGGUAACGAGAUGAUACAGGGUGACUCCGAAAUCGGCCCAGUAAACAUGGCCAUCUGCAACCUAAAAAUACAAGGUUUGAUUCUGAGCCACCACGAAAAGCCCGUCAACUUGACCAUCACCCCGGAUAAUGGUAACCUGGACUUUAUAAUGACAAGCGCGAGCGACAAGUCAACAAUCCCGUUCGCUUUCGGGGUUGUUACACUUCUCACUCCUGGAAUUGAAAUGCAGGAUAAAUUCCGCCAUUUUCAAAUCCUUCUGGAUGUUGAUGGUAUGAAACGUCUGUUCACAGAUUCCAACGCAGACUCUGCCAGAGGAAAAGGAGUAUAUCACAGCCUCGCACCCUUGAUUCACAUAUCGAAACAACGACAAAACAUCAAGGAGAUCUCUUCCAAGGGAAGCGCAUCUGCGGCCUACCUUUAUCCGCAGAGUAAUGACUUGUCUUUUAUCUUGGAAGACAUCAUUCAAGUUCCCUUGAUAUGUCUGAAUGGAUUGACUGACCGCCAAAACGACGAACUUUACAUCAACACAGCCAUCGGCUCUGCUGAAUUCCACCAGCAACUUCCCCAGAGUCCUUUGUCGAGAAAUCGUCUAAUUGUGUUUUCAAAAUCUACCUCCACAGCAAGUGAACAAAUAAUGUUCCAUUUGUUCGUAUGGGACGAACAGUACGAUCGGCUUUGUGCUGUCAUCUUGGAUGUAGAAUUUACCAAGAUGAAUGUUGAAUCAUCGGGCGAGGUCUACGUAGAUAUUACCAGACACACUCACAAUAUCGCUCACGAUGAGGGAAUAGCCUCAAACAAAAAAUCUUCGGAAAACUUCCCGGGUCAUGCGACGAAGGAACCUCAGAAUAUUUCAUAUUCCGAGCCUCAAUCAGUGGGUUUUGUGAACCCCAAAAUUAAAGAUCAGCAAAGUUUCACACCCCACCGCCGCGAAACUGCUCACCAGUCUACUACCAUGCAAAACACGGAACAAAAACUGUACGAUUUGCUCGCUCGUGUAGCAGAUCUUGAUAAGGAUAGCAUCCGCGCAGAUCUUCCCAUGGCAGACUUGGGUAUCGAUUCGCUGAUGGCGAUUGAGGUUGCAAGCGAGAUACAGAAUGCAUUUGCCAUCUCAAUAACCUUCCGGGAGCUUACAAGUCUAGAUAGCGUGGGAAAUCUAUGCAAAUUCAUAGAUGGCAAAGCAUUGGGUUUUUCAAACGACGCGCUAGACCGAAUCGAAAAGCCGGGUGCGGUCACAGCAACACUUCACGCAGCGGACAAGUCUGUUUCGGGGUUUUCCACUACCGAAGACUCUGAUAUUAUCUACGUCAAUACUCCAUCGGGCUCUGAAUCGCUUUUUGAAACUUCUUAUGACGUUCCAAGAGCUUUCAAUGCCGUGCGUAGGACAUUCGAUGCCCUAGCAAAGGAAACAGGAUGCGAGGGUUUUUGGUCAAAUGUGUAUCCUGCCCAAACGAGUCUGGUCAUUUCUUAUAUCAUUCAGGCCUUAUCUAAACUCCACUGUGACCUCACCACUCUGGACUACGGGGAUACGAUUGAAAUCCCCCUUUCGCCGAAGGAACAGCUAGUGCGCCGCUUCAUGUGCAUUCUGCGAGAUGUGGGUUAUCUUGAAGAGACCGGUCAGGGCUGGGUCCGAACUGCCAUGCCCCUUCCCUAUGAGUUGCCAUUAGCCUCAAACUUCGACAAAAUAUUGUCCGACUUCCCGAAAUUUGCCUGUGAACAUAAACUACUUCAUGCAGUCGGAUCGAGGCUACACGAAUGCCUUUCGGGAGAGCUAGAUCCCGUUUCCCUUCUCUUUGGUCAGCAAGAAAACCGCAAACUGAUGGCAGAUCAGUAUCUCCUGGGACCUAUUCAAUCUUCAGUCUCAAAGCAGCUCGCAGAGUUUAUCAAGCAAUGCUUCGGCUUGAAGCCUCUACCCCGCACUCUCCGCAUCCUCGAAAUUGGGGGAGGUACCUGUGGCACAACCUUGUAUGCGACUGACGCUUUUUCCAAGCUUGGGAUCCCAGUUGAGUACACUUUCAGCGAUAUAUCACAAUCCUUUGUGGCGGCUGCAAAAUCGAAACUGCGCGACACUAAAUUCGUCGUAUACCGCACGCUUGACGUCACCCAAACCCCUCCGCCUGAUCUCGAGCGGCGGUUCGACAUGAUUAUUGCAACAAACGUGAUACACGCAACUCCCAAUGUAUGCGAUAGCGUCCGGAAUGUCCGUCAGAUGCUUCGACCAGGAGGCGUUUUCACCCUUUUAGAAUACACGCGAAGGCUUCCUAUGCUCGACCUUAUUUUUGGGCAGUUCGAUGGAUGGUGGGCUUUCAACGACGGUAGAGAUCACGCAAUCAUGGACGUAAAAUCGUGGAAGAUCACGCUCGAGUCGGCUGGAUUUGCGAGCGUGGAGUGGACAGAGGAUGAUAGCGAGGAAUCGAAGGUUCUGAGGUUGAUAUUGGCUCAUUGA